ACAAGAUACAAGGCCUUUUUCUUCCAAUAAAGGAAGAAUCGAUCCACAUUGUGGGCAAAAGCCUGGUGCUGUAGUGAAUGACACGGUCGUUGAGUUCACGCAUCUCACACAUAAUGAUAAUGCCAAAGUUGAAUAAUCGCUUGGUCGUUGCUUUCUUCAUGGGUCUCACGUUCUUGCAACCGGCGAAUGGGAGGAAAAUGACAUUGUUCGACUUUACGAGGAUGGAUAACGUGGACGACUGGCAAGAGAUAUCGGAUACCGUAAGAACAGUCGGGAAAUCUAAAGCCACAUUGGUCUUGCAAAAAACACAAAUCUUUCAAAGAGCCGUCUUUUUUACUCUUCUCAAUCCUCAACCCAACGGAGCUGGAUUUGCUGGCGUGAGAACUCAAACAAAUUUAAAUUUGAAGGAUUUCCAGAAUAUUGACAUUACUUGUCGUGGACAAGGCAAGAAUAAUCAUUACAAAGUUGUUCUUAGACACAAUGGGCUUAAUGCUAACAAAGACUUGACUUAUGAGCAAUUUUUCGACGCGCCGAUGUCGAAUGAAGAAUUCUCAACUGUCUCCUUAAAGUUAGAUAAUUUCAAACCUUUCUACCGUGGAAAGGAAAUACCCGAUGGGGAACCUUUGAAUGUGGAAAAUAUUACGAUGUUUGGCCUACAAGUGUUCGGUGGCGUCUAUUUACCAUUUAAACAAAGCAGCGUGUCAGCUUUGGAGAUUGAAACUAUUGCAGCAUCUUAAGUAUUCUUGUUAUUACUGCGACAUUUGAAUUUAAAUCAUAAUCCAAUAAUAAAUAACGCUUACUAAAGGAAAUCUAUUAUUAUAAAAAUACUUGUAUAAUAUCGAAUAAAUAGUUAUAGAUAUUAAUGUAGAUAUAAUCUUACAUAAAAUACUGUCAUAAUCAAGAUGAAACAUUAGGUACCUUAAAAAA